AGCAAUUUGCGGCCCCUGCUACGCGCAAUAUCUGCCAUCGUACACUCCUUUGGGCGCAGACCACCUAAUUACAUUCUUCUUACCGCCAUGUCCCGUACCGCGCUCUCCGCGGCGCUGCUGGGAUUCACUGGCCGCGCCGUCUUUGGCCUCCAGUCGGAGCAGCCGGAUCAGCCGGACGUCUUGGAUUGGGUUGGCAUCGAGGAGUGGCAAGGCGUCGGGUUGCGCGUUGACGGCCUUUCCAGGUAGUCCCGACUGGUCUCAACAGGCCACCCCGAGUAGUCCCAACUGGCCUCAGCAGGCCCCCCGAUUGGUCAAGGCCGGUCUCAACACCCUACGCCGCUUCGGCGGCGGCCCUGGGACGCUCCGCGCCCGAGGGUGAGUGUGUUGAGACCGCCUUGGACUACUCGGAGGCCCUGUUGAGGCCAGCUGGGACUGCUCGGGGGGCCUGUCGAGGCCAGCCGGGAUGGGGGGGGGGCUGUCUGUGAGCAUCCCGAAGCCUUACCAUCGAGGAGUUCCGCACAUGGGGGGACACGUUGAAUUUCGACGAGCUCGAGUACACCGCCAAGACGGAUGAGAUCAGCCAGGAAAGGGAGCUGAAGACGAGGCUGAAGGCCUCCGAGCUGUUCAAUCAGGAUGCCCUCGAGGCCAACACGCACAGAGCGGAGAUGGAAACCAAUGCGGGCAGCGAGCUCGAGGGUUUCGCAGAGCCCCUCAACGAGACCGAGGUCAGCGAGAUGGUCGACGCGUGGGAGUCCGUUCCGGGCAGCGACGUGACCUUCAGCUACGGCACCCAUUGUGGCGCGAGCGGCUGUCGCAGCAGUGGACACAAGAGGGGCCAGCCCUCCUUCCAGGAGAUGCACCGUAACGUUCUCGCCUCCAUUCGCGCGCUGCGCUUCUGCUUCGCCGACGUCAUGAUCGUGCUGGACGCCCCGCAUGCAGGCCACGACAAGCUUGGCCCGGAGACGCCAGGCAACGUCACCAGCCACUCGGUUGCACCACACAGUGCCACUGGAGGCGAGAUGGUGCUACUGAGCGGUCGGCGCAUCACGAGGUUCGGCGUGGACCUCGCGCUGAAGUCCGCGGCGGUGGCUACCGCCAGGGCCGCCGCCGAGCUGCUCCGCGAUCACUGCCCGACCGCAGCCCCGCAGUGGAGGGUGAAGGUCGUCGACUACGGCUCUCCCGAAAUGCUGAAGGAGGCUCUCGAGCAUUACGCCAUCCCUGAGGCGGAGAAGAAUUCCAGCUUCUACGAGAGGAUGUACGUGAACACCAUGGCGCUGGACCAGAACUUUCAGUGCAAGGGCCAGUACGUGUACCACAUGGACGCCCAGUGGCGCAUCUACAGGAGCAAUCACUCUCACGCCGCCCCAAACUUCAUUUCCAAGGCGCUCUCCCUCAUGAAGUCGGAUGAGAGGGUGUACAUGGCCUCGGUCAUCAACACCUUCAACCUGGAUCCCCAGAAGAACCCGUACAACAGGUUCGCCGUGAUUCCCGGGGCGGUGCACGGCAGCACCCCCGUGGAUCGCGUGAAAGGCAUGUUGCAAGGCUGGAGCCCGGAGCAGUGGCUCUCUCAGAAGCGCCCCCUGCGUGGCGAGGCUUUCCACGGCAAUUGGGAGAACAAGACCGACGAGAUGAACAAGAGGAUCCAGCUCUACCAGAUGAAUUGGGAUACAUGGGGCGGCAUCGUCACGCGCCACCAGUUCCUCAUGGACGUCAGUCGCAUGAGGGGCCUGUUCCCGAUGGAGGAGUGGGACACCGCCGCAGAGCACAUGUGGUCUGCCAACAUGAACAAGAAGUUCAAGGAUAGGGCUUUCCAGAUUUACUUCAACGAGACCGUCGGGGUGUUUGCCGGUCCCUCCGACGCCUGAGGGGGUGCGAUAGCGUUUGCUUGUAUGCGGGAGAUGUCGCUGGCCCAUGGGCUCGUUUCGUGCCACCCUCGCGGAGGUUUGCCCAGUACCUGGACAAAUGCCAACGUGGUUGAUGGUGCCGUGCAAACAGAUUGUGUAGGUGAUGACUCGCUCAUGAACUUCUGAGGCUGCCUCUGUCGAGGCUGCUCCCGCGCCCUCCCAGGAUACUCGAGGGACGAUCGGGUGUGUGCUGGGUACCGUCGUAGAUAAAGAAAGGAGUCUGCCUGCGGCAAGCGUUGCCGAUGUACCAGUGUAACACUGUGCACGCCUCUCUCCACCGAGCCCCACUGAGCCGUGGAACUGAACAGUGUGUUUGCCAGCGUCAGAGAGACAGAAAGAGAGAGCGUGAGAAAGAGA